AUGGACCAUGAGAUUGAAUUAAAGUUCGUUAUAGCCGAGGCUUAUCCUUCAGAUGCAGUGGCUGUGCGUGUGUGUGGUGCGAAGUGUGGCUCUCCCCGCUAUCAUUCUGGUGGUCUGCGUUCCUCACGCUGUGGCACCUCCACUCCAGCCAACCUAUCUCGCGCCCCUAAUGUUCCUCCAGGCCGAUGCCUCUACUACUUCGACUCCCGCGUAAGUCCUUCAGGUAACCUCUCCUCUCCCGGGUGGCCGACGCAGUAUCCUGCGGGACUCCGUUGCACCUACGUCUUCCAAGGAGAGAUGUUCCAGGCUGUGCAGAUCACCUUCCAUUCCUUCGAGCUACAGAAGCCGUAUAAAGCCGGCUGUCUAUCGGACUACCUCGAUAUAACGACCGUCGACGUAACGGGCGUGAAAGAGUUCGUAGGGCGGUACUGUGGGAGCGAGGUAAUCAAUCCCCUGCUGACGCUGCACCCGAGACUCGAGCUGUUAUUCGUGAGUAACCUGGCUGUGCAGGCGAGAGGAUUCACCGCUUCGUUUACCUACAUGCAUGAAGGUGAGUCAUUAUGCAUGAGCAAGUGCAUGCACGAAUGUACUGCAGUGUUGCUUGGCACAGAGGCCGUGCGCCCCCCCGAGACCGUGGUGGCGGGCCGGGCAGUGUGCGGAGGCCUGGUGGAGGGAUCCGGAGGGCGCCUCGCUUCGCCCGGCUAUCCCGCGAGCUUCCCCGGGGGCCUGUCCUGCACGUGGCUACUGAGGGCGAGGCCUCACUUCCACGUGUACCUCCGCAUUCAGGAACUGCAGCUUCAAGGGAGCAUAGCCAACUGCCGGCGCGCUGAGCUGGCCAUCUACGACGGGUACCGGCCGGUGGGCCACGUGCGGGAGGCCAUGAAGGUGUUCUGCGGAGACCUCCACUACUACCGCAACCAGGCUGACAAGGAGGUCCUCAGCGAGAGGAACAGACUCCUCAUCACUUUCAGGCAACUGCAGCAGGCAAGAGGGCUUCACUUGCCCGAGAUCCGUGUACUGCGUAGGCGUGGCGAGGGACGGUGGCUGCCUGACGACGGCCAACCUGUGCAUCCACCGCGGCCUGGUGUGCGACGGCCAGCCCAACUGCUCCGCUGGCGACGGCGCCGACGAGCCGAGUGUUUUAGUAAUGAAAUCUAA